AACAGCUGCACCUGUUGAGGUAUACCUGCAGUCGCUGGCACCUGUACCUGCAGCCAAUCAGAGCCAGCGCUGCCGGGAACCUACUGUCAGCAAAAUCCCGACAACCAAACCUCAACAUAAAUCAAACACUUCCCUGGGCAGGGAAUGUCAGGCAAGAAUUAGAGACCACCGGUCAGCAGAGCCUCACUGCCGAUCGUCGGAGCCUGGGAGCAGGAAGAUGUCGAAUGAACUUGAUUUCAGGUCUAUGAGGUUGCUAAAGAAUGAUGCAAUCAACUUUCAGAAGUUUCCCUACACGAAUGAGGAUGAGGCCUGGAAGACGUACCUGGAAAACCCCUUGACAGCUGCCACCAAGGCCAUGAUGAGGGUCAAUGGAGACGAUGACAGUGCUGCGGCCCUGGGCUUCCUCUAUGAUUACUACAUGGGCCCCAAGGAGAAGCGGAUCCUGUCCUCUAGCACGGGCGGUCGGAGUGACCAAGGAAAGAGGCACUAUCAUGGCAUGGAGUACGAGAUGGACCUUGCCCCGCUCGAAAGCCCCACGCAUCUCAUGAAAUUCCUGACAGAGAACGUGUCUGGAAGCCCAGACUACCCAGACCUGCUCAAGAAGAAUACCCUGAUGAGCCUGGAGGCAGCCGGGCCUACCCCUGGCAAGGCAGCACCCCUCCCUCCAGCCCCCAGCAAACUAGAAGCCAGCUCUGUGGACAGCUACCUCUUGCCCACCAGCGAUAUGUAUGACAACAGCUCCCUCAACUCCUUGUUUGAGAGCAUUCAUGGAGUGCCACCCACACAGCGCUGGCAGCCAGACAGCACCUUCAAGGAUGAUCCACAGGAGUCGCUGCUCUUCCCAGAUAUCCUGAAAACAUCUCCAGAACCCCCAUGUCUAGAGGACUGCUCUACACUCAAGAGUGACUUUGAGUACACCCUGGGCUCCCCCAAGGCCAUUCACAUCAAGUCAGGGGAGUCGCCCAUGGCCUACCUCAACAAGGGCCAGUUCUAUCCUGUUACCCUGCGCACCCCAGCAGGUGGCAAAGGCCUUGCCCUAUCCUCCAACAAAGUCAAGAGUGUGGUGAUGGUCGUGUUUGACAAUGAGAAGGUCCCAGUGGAACAGCUGCGGUUCUGGAAGCAUUGGCACUCCCGGCAGCCCACGGCCAAGCAGCGGGUCAUCGAUGUGGCGGACUGCAAAGAGAACUUCAAUACUGUGCAGCACAUCGAGGAGGUGGCCUACAAUGCUCUGUCCUUCAUGUGGAAUGUCAAUGAGGAGGCCAAGGUGUUCAUUGGAGUCAACUGCCUGAGCACAGACUUCUCCUCACAGAAGGGGGUGAAGGGUGUCCCCCUGAACCUGCAAAUUGACACCUAUGACUGUGGCUCAGGUGCUGAGCAUCUGGUACACCGUGCAGUCUGCCAGAUCAAGAUCUUCUGUGAUAAGGGUGCUGAGAGGAAGAUGCGGGAUGAUGAGCGGAAGCAGUUCCGGAGGAAAGUCAAGUGCCCGGAUUCCAGCAAUAGUGGCAUCAAGGGCUGCCUGCUGUCUGGCUUCAGGGGCAAUGAGACCACCUAUCUGCGGCCUGAAGCCGACUUGGAGACUCCACCUGUGCUGUUCAUCCCCAAUGUGCACUUUUCCAGCCUGCAGCGCCCUGGAGGGGCUGUCACCUCGGCAGGACAUGGCAGCUCCGACAGGCUGCCCCUAAAGCGUACCUGUUCACCUCUUGCUGAGGAGUUUGAGUCUCUACCUGCCAAACAGGCCAAGGAAGCCAACCUCCAGAGAGUUCUGUUGUAUGUGCGGAGGGAGACAGAGGAGGUGUUUGAUGCUCUCAUGUUGAAGACCCCAGACUUGAAGGGGCUGAGGAAUGCGAUUUCAGAGAAGUACGGGCUCCCUGAAGAGAACAUUUACAAAGUCUACAAGAAGUGCAAGCGGGGAAUUCUGGUCAACAUGGACAACAACAUCAUUCAGCACUACAGCAACCAUGUGGCCUUUCUGCUGGACAUGGGUGAGCUGGACGGCAAGAUUCAGAUCAUCCUGAAGGAGUUGUGAGGCCUAAACUUGAACCCUUGAGCCCUAGUGGGCUCCAGGCCAGGAGCCAGCUGGGAAGUGGCCCACGUCACACACAACCUCUCCACGUGCCUCAGUGCUGCUACUUGAGUGGCUUCCUUGAGAGAAGAGGUCCUCGAGCCACAACCCAACCUUCCCAUAUCAGGGCCAAGAAGGGACCUUAGCGGGCUCCUGAUCUGAACCCUAUCUCUGCUUGAGUCCACUCCGAGCUUCCUGCUAGCACCUGCCCACGAGAGACGAUGCAUCUGGGUCAACACAGAC